GGCACACUUUCUUUGCAAAGUAACUGUGUUUAGGAAAUGGAUAGAUACUCUGGCGGACAUUUACAACCACAUCAAGAGCCAAGUCGCUACGAGAGGAGGCGCAGAGAUCGUUCAUCUAGCAGAGGGGACCGCGACAGAUACAGGCGCGACCGUCAUUACGGCAGACGUAGAUCUCGGUCUAGGAAUUACGAACGGAGAGAUGAACGGGACAGGCGCAGGUCUAGGGAAAGGUCCAGGUCGAGAAGCAGAAAUAACACCGAUCCAGAAGAAGAGCUUUUAUUGAACAGAGAUAUUUCAGAGAGCCAUGCCAGGUCUAGGGCUGCGGAAAGGAGGCGUAGGAAGGCACAAGCAGAAUGUAUUAGAAGAGCAGGUGGUUUUCAAAAACUAGCUGAUCAGGAAGGCCAUCAAACUGUGCGCCUAUUCUGGGAUGGGUUUCAAUGGGUCGCAAAGAGUGCACAAACGACAAUCCUAGGUGGAGAUCCAGCCCUCAUGAAUUCCACAAGGAAACUAAGAAGGUUAUACUUUGGCAAUCUACCAAUUCACAUGGGAUUGACCGAAACUGGAUUCCAAAAUCUGGUCUGGAACGAAAUGAGAAAUCGCAAUUUCUGUAACGAUCCAAAUGUAUCGCCUGUAUUAUACGUUUGGUUUGCCAAGGAUAAGGGAAACUAUGGUUUUGUGGAAUUUGCAACAGUAGAAGAGACUGAGAGGGCACUAACAAUGGAUGGAAUGAGCUGUAUGGGAGUGCAGUUGCGGGUUUCACGACCUAAUGACUACUCAUCGACGUCUAUGAAGAGUGCAAUGCAACAAGCUGUUAUGCCCAUACCAACAAUGACAACAAGUAGCAUAAACGAUAACUUUAAAGGAUGCUACUUGCAUAUCGUUCAGAUUGUAUUACCAGAGUCUAUUGAAGCAGAAGUUGAAUAUCUCGACGUUCUUGAUGAUGUAAAGGAGGAAUUUGAAAAAUAUGGAAAAAUUAAAAGUGCUGCAAUCGUGAUUCCUAAACACAAGGAGAGCAUUGCUAGUCAAUUCGAGGUUGGAGAUAUUCUCGUGGAAUUUUUAAACAAUGAAUCACUUGUUUCAUGCGUACAGAAUAUGUCAAACAGGAAGUAUGAAAAUAGACCUAUUCAAAUGCAACCACUCGAACAAGAGGUUUACGAUGCAGUUGCAAGGCCCAUAAUUUUCGAUUUGGAACAAAUGGAUAGACCAGAAUAA